UGUUCUACUUGCUGACAGCGGAUAUGCUUGUUCGCGUUACAUGUUGACGCCGUACAGAGUCUCUGAUACACCGGUGAAAACCAGAUUCAACAGAGCCCACUGCCGUUCGAGGGUUGUUAUAGAAAGAACAUUUGGUAGAUGGAAGAGAAGAUUCUCCGUCAUGUGCAAGAAGGUAAGGAAGACACCCGCUCAAGCAUGUAGAGAGAUUGUCGCUUGCGCAGUAUUGCAUAACAUUGCCAUGUUGUUUGGUGAACCUGACGUUGAUGACGGCGAUGUGGAUGAACUUCCACUUAUACCCUAUGUUGGUGGUGAAAAUGGAUUUGCCAUCCGUGACCAUAUUGCGCAGGCCUAUUUUGGAUAG